AUGAAAAGUGAGUCGCGCCACAGCACGGUGUCUAUCGACCCCUUCCACGUAGCACCACGUCCGCCUCCUCCGCUUCUCCGCUUCUACCGCUGUAUCAUCGUCGUCACUGCCUUGGCCAUCGCCUCGCUGCUUGCGGGCGUGGCGCUCGCUGUCGCAGGCGUGCUCGCCUUGGUCAGCCCAGACUCGAGCCUCGCGGCGCUAGACCGCAAUGUGUGGAACGUCGAGGUCGACUGCGACGGCGGCGGAAACAACGAGCUUCAAUGCUACGUCGAUUCACAGGAGAACAUCGACGUUCGCGAUGGCAUGCUCCACAUCACGGCUCGCAGGGAGAGCGACGGCCGCGUCACCUCGGGUCGGCUCACGACGGAGGGCAAGGUUGAGAUUGCCUAUGGCCGCUGGGAAGCGCGGCUGAGAGUGCCCGGCGUGCUCGGCACAUGGCCAGCAUUUUGGACCCUCGGCAACGACAUCGGAGAGGUUAGCUGGCCUGCGUGCGGCGAGAUCGACAUCAUGGAGAACUUCCAGCGCGCGCCGCCCGACCGCUCCGGCGAGAGCCUCUACUCGACGGCGCACUCGGCAAAGCACUCUUGGGGCACGGGGACUGCGCUGCCGGGCGGCAGCUCCGAGCCGCUCGACCUCACCCAGUUCCACACCGUGCGGAUGGACUGGUCACCGGACAAGCUUGAGUUCUUCGUGAAUGGGGAGCGCACCUGGUUCCUCGACCGCAGCCCCGGCUCGACCAACUACGACUGGCCCUACGCCAAGCCCCACUUUGCGCUCCUCAACCUCGCCUUCGGCGGGAACGGCGUCGGGUACGCCACGCCGCCCGACGACGCCUACCCACUCACCUACUCGAUCGACUAUGUCUCGAUCGUGGCGCUGCCGCCCCCGCCGCCCUCUCCACCUCUUCCGCCGUGGUUCAAGUGCGGCACGGCCGCGUGCACGCCAGGGGUGUGGGCGGCGGCGGCGGCGAAUAGCGAGUGCACGACGUGCUCGUGCGGCGAUCGGAUCGAGUGGCUGCAGACGUCGCCGGAUGGACCAAAGAUGGACGAGGCCGCGGCCUGUGCGCAGGUGGCGGGUGUCGAGUUUUCAGAGGCCUGCGGCGGCUGCGAUCCGGCCUCCGCCGCCCCCUCGCCAACGCCGUCGCCCUCUGGCCCUGGCGGCGGCGGCGGCGUUGGAGCCCGAGGCGUCAAGUGCGCCAUCGCGGCUGAAUAUGGUCGAGGCAGCAACAACGCGCAGGCAGCCAUCAACGCCGGGCUCCUGACGGCCGCCGACCUCAACGGCCUCAACGACUGGACCGACUCGGGCCUCAUGCUCAAGCAGUGGGACGACUCUUCGGCGCUGUGCCCGCCCCCGGCCGGAAGCGUCAACGGCCGGAGCCGGUUUUCACUUUUCAACGAGCCUCCGCGCGACUCUGGGGCGGCGGCGGCCGCCACCUGGAAGGUGUACCAGGCACGAUGCGCCUCGGAGCUCGCGGGGUACGAGAUCGUGGGCCCCGCCGUCCACAACGGCCUCGACUGGAUGCGCGACUUUUACAGCGCCUUCUUCGCCGCGUGUCCAGAGUGCCAGGAGCCGGCCAGCCCGCUCUACGUGACGUACAUAGCCUUUCAUGCCUACGCAACCGCCUCCGACACCGCCGGCGUGGUUGGGUCGAUGGUGUGGACGCACGAUGCGGCGUGCACGCUACAGGCGGAAGCGUGGGCACUCGGCCGGCCUGUGCUGCUCACGGAGUUCGGCGCGCAGCUCGACGUGCGAGGCGGCGUGGAGCAGUGGCUCACGGCCAUGGACACCAUCUUCGAUCCGCCUACACAGGUGUCGUCCGUUUGCAUCGAGGAGGCGUACUACUUUGCUGAGCACGGCUACGGCGGCGUCGCGUACGAGAACGAAGUGCAGGCGUCGGCGACGACGUCCGAAGAGAGCGCGAGCCGGGUGGUUGACCGCUUUCGCUCGCUCUGCGCGUCGCCGGCGCCGCUGGCCUCGCCCUCGCCCUCACCCCCUGCGGAGACGGCGCCCUCGCCCUCACCUCCUGCGGAGGGCAACUCGGACGACCCACGUGCGACGAGGUUCGGCUUGAUGUUUGCGCCCGAUGACUCGGGCGACGUGCGGUACGAGAUCGACGCGACGCAGCUUGUCGAGUGGGUGGGCGCGCCGCGUGCCAGCGCUCCGGCAAACGCGCAGGACUACUGCAACGGGGCGGGCACGAGCGACGCGCCGUGCGUCUGGAUCAUCAACGAGGACGUGCCCGGGUGCGACAGCUGCCGCUACGAUGCGGGAGGCGUGUCCUUCCUGCCUGGGAGCGCGAUCGCCGUGCCUGCGUCAAGUAUCACGCAGUGGGGUUCGCUGACGCUGCCCCUACAGCUCGACGGUAUGUACUGGGUGACGCCGACUCGGCCGACGGAGCCGCUGCCCGACUACACCGCGCCCGAGACGGGGCGGGUCUACCGCGCCGCCGGGGAGCCGCCGGAUCCGUGGGCGAUGAACUGUUUCGAGGUGGACGGCCUCGCCGAGUGCAACUCUGACAACUCGGCCGCGGGGUGGCGGCUCGACAUCGCGUCCAACACCGCGGAGCUCUACAUCAACGCCGUCGACCGCAUCGCCCUGACGCGCGGCGCGCGGCGGUCCUUCUUGGGCGACCUCGUCGACCUCAAGAUCGAGUACGACGCGUCCAGGUCCAACGUGUUCGCGACGCUCAGCCGAAACGCGGCCGCCAGCCGGAACCCGGCCUUCUACCCCUGCGAGGGCUGCUGCAGCAAUUGGCCUGUCCCCGCGACGGCGACGUGCGAGACGCACUGGCGGACCUUUGCAAGGGCGGAGGGGUUUUGA